UCAGCCCCUUCUUUUCAGUUCCCUGUGACAGGCUGGGAUGCAGCAGGGAGCCUGUGUGUGGGAAUAGCAGGGACUGAGAAAGCAGAGAAGGAUUAAGCUCUGAGCUCUUCCCACAGACAUGGGAACUUCCUUCACUAAGUGGGGGCGGUGUUUUUGAAGAUCUGUUAAUCCAAGCUGGGUUUAUUGUGGCUGCUGCUGCUGUCCUGCUCUCAACCCAUUCUGAGGUAGUGACAAAAGCAACGGGGCGGCAGAGACUGAGGGAAAGAGCAGCCACACAUACAGCUUUCUAAACACAUUCUCCCUUUUGUGUGAACAACACUACGAGGAAGUCAUGCAUCUGCUAUAAUGGAGAUAAAGGACUCUGGCAGCGUGAUCCUGACUGGAUACCAUUCAUACACUCCAUCUAGUUCACCAAUAAGAGAGCAGAGCUUUGUGCCAGACAUGCCAUCCAGCCAGUCUCCUAUGAUCAGGAAAACGCCUUCACGAAAGAUUAACAGAAUGCUUUCCAAUGAAUCCUUGCAUACACCUCAGUUCAACCGUUCUAUCUCCGAAUCCUCCAUGGACAACUCAUCAAUGGAAGACUUCUGGUGUGAGGUUGAUAAUAUUAAAGAAAGCAGCGAAGAAGGCCAAGACGAUAGUCUGUUAAUGGAAGUAAAGCCAGCAGAUGGGGAGCUGGAAGCUGAAUGGCUGCAGAAUGCUGGCUUGUCCAACCUAAUAUCUGGCACCCAGGAACAUGAUGGACAGGCAUUGUUGUCUACACUGACAAGAACACAAGCAGCUGCUGUGCAGAAAAGAUACACCACUUAUACUCAGACAAUGAGGAAGAAGAACAAGCAUACAGUGCGUGAUGUAAGGGAAAUCUUUGGGAUCAAUGACUCCACCCCAUCUUUUGAGUCUAAAGCACUGUCACCUAUACCAUCAAAUGGGGUUCAACAUACAAUAAAGAAGCCUAUAUGGAAACCAGUAAUCAAUAACAGUUGCAGUAUAGAGAAACCAAGUCCAUCAGUGGCAGAAGAACUUUCUUUUGAGGUCUCCUUCUCCGAAGCUGUUGUGGUUGACGGUAAAGACAAAGAUUGUGAAAAGAACCAGCGGAUUAAAAAGGAUGAUUCUGCCUUGCCGAAAUUUAUUGUCUGGAAAAGCAGGUUUGGGCUAACGGAAGUUGGUGAUUUGUCCCCUGAAGACAUGAAAAAAAUUAGAUAUCUCUCUCUGAUUGAAUUAACGGCUUUCUAUGAUGCUUUGGGAAUUGAACUAAAGAGAAACCGAAUAGUAAGAGUCAAAGGAAGAGAAAAUGGCCUGUUCGGAGUUCCCCUGAUGACACUGCUGGAAAGUGAUCAAAAAAAAUCCCCAGGCACAAAAGUUCCCUUGAUUUUCCAAAAAUUACUUCAGAGGCUUGAAGAGACUGGCUUAGAAACAGAAGGUAUACUGAGGGUACCUGGAUCUGCUGCUCGGGUUAAGAAUCUGCGUGAAGAGCUAGAAGCGAAAUUUCACGACAACUCUUUUGAGUGGAAUAAAGUCCGCAAUAAUGAUGCUGCAGGCCUGUUAAAAAUGUUCAUACGGGAGUUGCCAUUGUCUCUCUUUACUAUGGAGUACCUUGCUGCCUUCAUUACAUUGGUGGAAAAAAUCUCCAAGAUCAAAUUGCAGCUCCAAGCUCUUCAUCUAUUAAUCAUGCUGCUGCCAGAUGCCAACAGAGAUACUGCCAAGGCUUUGUUAAAUUUUCUGAAAAAGGUGGUUUCAAAUGAGGAAAAGAACAAGAUGAGUCUGUGGAACGUGUCCAUGAUCCUUGCACCAAACCUAUUCAUCUGCAAACGCAAAAGUGCAAACAAGGAGGAAAUGAAAGCAGCCGCAUCCACAGCCCAUAUCGUUCGGCUUUUAAUUAGGUACCAGGACAUCUUAUGGACGGUUCCCUCUUUCCUAAUCUCCCAAGUAAGGAAAAUGAACGAGGCAGCUAUGAUUAACAAUAAAAGGCAGCUGAUUUUUGAUAAGAGUGUAAAGAAGUUAUUACGAAGGAAGACCAUGGAGCGAGAAAGACCUGAAAGGAGAGAGCACGGUGAUGUACCUGAAGGGGUGAUAAGAGUCUACGCUCCGCUGCACUCAAAGGUUUCCAUGGCAAUCCAGCUGAACAGUCGCACGAAAGCCAAAGACAUUCUGGCAAGAUUUCACUGUGAAAACAGCCAUGGAACAUCAGACAAUACAAGAGUACACAACCAGAGUUUAUAUGAAAUAGGAGGAAAUAUAGGGGAGCAUUGCCUUGACCCCGAUACCUAUAUUUUGGAUGUGUAUCAUGUCAAUCCUCAUGCGGAAUGGAUGCUAAAACCAAAAUCAAGCUGAAGUUUUUGAAUGCCCAGGCUACUGGCACUUUACAGAAUGAUGGACAGACAUUAUCCUUGGGAUUUUAUAACAUCCACAGACUGAUUUGAAGAAUUGGGGAAUUGUUACAUUGGUACUACUAAAAUAAUACAUUAGGUCUGGUGAUAAGACUCCUGACCCUGGAAGAAAAUUUUCUUCUAGAAAUUAUUUUUAAUAUGAACAAUGUAUUGCUAAGAAGAAAAACACUAGUGGCAAAGCAUCAUUUUACUGGAAACCUUUUGUAGAGUCCGAGUAGAUACUGUGCGUGGCUCUCCAAGUAUUACUGCUGCCAUGGAUGGGUUGAAUCUUCAGUUCACUAAAUGCGAGACCUGGAAAGUGCAACUUUCUAACAAAGAGUGGGAGACAAUGUUGUUUUUGCUAUUUUUAUUGAAGAAUGUGUGCAGUGACGUGAAUGCCUUGUUCAGCAUCAAAAUCUGAUGGAAAAGAGAAUGUAACGUUUGUACAUUCGUUUGUACAGGAAACACUAUGUUUGUACAGUUACUUUUUUACCUGUUUGUAGAUAUAUGUACUGUAUGUAUGUAUUGUUAAUCUUAUGUUCUGCCAGUUACACUCAUGUAGCUUACCAAGCCUGUCUUUAUUUCAGUAUUCAUGUUUAGAGGAUGGGCACCCAUAUUGCUCCAGCCCUGCCUUUGUUUGGGUAUGAGCCAACGUUACAGAACAUUAAUAGACUUAUAAAUAAGGCUCAACUCAUUGAUACCUCUAUGCACAGACCAAAAACUUAUUAUCAAGAAGAACAUUUUUAUAUGGAUUUGCUCAAACACAGCAACACUCUAAAGUGACCCAAAGAUUUAAAGGGUUUGCCCACCAGCUUACCAGGAGAACUAUUUGCCCUUGUAACAAAGACAAGAAAUAUAUGAAAGGGUAGAUGGAACUAUAUAAAUGGAAGAGGGUAUAAGAAUAAAGAAGGUUAAUUAAGAGAGGAAGAAAAAGAGGAGAACCUAUGAGCUAAGGUUUCCUGGUGGGCUCCUGGCACCUCAAUCUGAUACUGCUAAAAGGUAUUUUUUCCCACCAGGAAAGGUUACAAAUAGUCAUCUCUCGUAAUGUUAUGAGCUGAUUUUCCAUUUUUUAAACAAGAAAUAAAUCACUUUUACACAGAGAGUCCAAUGUGGCCCCUCCAUGUCCCUGCCAAGAGCUCAAGUAGAGCAGAUUGAAACGCAUCAAAUGAGUGCCCUAGAUACCCUUUUAUUUCAUACAGAAUAUCUUUGGGGUCAAGAGGAUUUGAUUUCCAGAGUUUUAGGUUUAAAAAUGUAGUUUGAUAAAUAUCCCUUUAUGUUAUAACGUGCCACAAUUCCUCAUUGCAAUAUAUUUAGCUGACAACCGAGAGGCUCAGAGGCUUGAAACCCAGUGCAUAGGAUGAUUUCUGCCAUCAUUUCAAUUACAGAUGCCCUUUACCCCCUGUAAGAUGUCUCCAAGGCCAAGGCAAAAUCUGUGUUUGUAGUGUAGUCAUAGUAUAGUCAUAAUCUAAAGUGCAUAGUGUAAUAUAUCUGCAGGGACAGUCUGUGGACAAAUGCAAUGCAACAAAGAAUGCAAAAGGUCAGCGAACUGCAUCUUAAACCUGUGUAACCUUAAAGGCAAUCUAUGGCUAAAGUACAUGAUGUUCCUGUAACAGUGAGUGAUUUGUAGCAUCCAUACAUUCAAAUGCCAAAAACCUUUACAAAACCCUAAAUAUAAAAUGUCUGAAUGGUGUUUUAA